AUGGAGCAAAAGGAAAGUUUAGCCAUGCAUGAAGAGUCGACAUCUAGGCGCAAGGCUGAUGAUAAUGUUCUAGACGGAGCUGUUCCUGCAUAUCUUCUGGAUCGUGAGAACACGACCAGAGCAAAGGUUCUCAGCAACACCAUUAAGCAAAAGAGGAAGGAGAAGGCUGGGAAAUGGGAUGUUCCUCUGCCUAAGGUACGUCCUGUGGCUGAAGAUGAAAUGUUCAAAGUUGUCCGGUCUGGUAAAAGGAAAACUAAGCAAUGGAAGAGAAUGGUUACAAAAGCUACAUUUGUUGGGCCUGGUUUUACCAGAAAACCUCCAAAGUAUGAGCGGUUCAUUCGUCCUACAGGGUUGCGGUUCACUAAAGCUCAUGCCACUCAUCCAGAACUUAAAUGCACAUUUAAUCUAGAAAUAAUUGGAGUGAGGAAAAACCCUAAUGGCCCUAUGUACACCUCUCUUGGUGUCAUGACCAAGGGAACUAUAAUUGAGGUGAAUGUUAGUGAGCUUGGCCUGGUCACACCUGCGGGGAAAGUUGUGUGGGGUAUGAUAAUUUGUGUUACCAAUAACCCAGAAAACGAUGGUUGUAUAAAUGCAGUUUUGCUUGUUUAA